AUGGCGGACGGGAAUGUCAUAUUCGGUCGCAAACUAUUAAAGAAAUUCAUACAAAUGUACAAAGAAUUGCCGUGUUUGUGGGACAGGAGUUGUGUUACAUACAAACACAAAAAGAAAAGACAUGACGCCAUCGGUAAACUGACUGAAUUGGUCCAACAAUAUGAUCGUUCAGCGACUAGGUUGCAUGUUUUGAGAAAGAUAGAAAGCAUGCGUGCGUGUGUACGUAGGGCGCAUAGGCGUGUAUUGCAAAGCCGUGUCCAAGCUACGAAUCCAGACGAAAUAUACACACCGAACUUGUGGUAUUAUAACAUGUUGUCCUUUGUUUUGGGAGAGGAGGGAAAUAGCGACGAAAUUAAGGACUCGACUGAACCGGAUGCAGAUGAAAGUCCGCAUCAGAAACACGAAGAUGUCGAUGUAGAAGACGAGGUGGGCUACCAGGAGUAUGCUUUACCAACCAAUAUGAUGGAAGGAAACAGCUUGAUACAGAAAUACGAUUACGAAGAUGAGAAAUCAAAAAGAUAUUGUACCGAAGUUGAAGAUGAAUAUGACGCUAUAGGUAUAAACGUAGCUGCAAAAUUACGUGGUCUACCUCCCAACAUGAGGAUAUUAGCUGAGAAGCUCAUCAACGAUGUACUAUACCAGGCACAGAUGAACAAUCUUGGUUCAUCCACAGUCAUAAACACGCCAGAUCCGAUCAAACAAGACAUUAAAUGA